AGAGAGAGAGGGAAAGAGAAAGAGAAAGAGUGUGAUACAGACAGACAGACAGACAGACAGACAGAGUGAAAGAGGAAAACAGGGGGAGGGAAAAAAGAAAAAAAAGAGAGAGAGAGAGAAAGACUGCCAGAGUGUGUGAGGGAUUAUUCAUGAGAUAAAGAAAUUUGGAGUCUGCUGGUGAGUGAGUGCUGGACAGCAAGCUGAAGAAACACAGACGAGAGAGGAGAUAGACACACACACACACACACACACACACACACACACACACAGAGACACUGCCACAGUCUCAGGCUCCUCUCAUGAGUGAGAACAGCUGCCUCUACGCAGAGUGACAGUGCCACUGGCAGGAGGGGAGAGUGAGGAAGAGGAGAGCGAGAAGCUCCGCUGGCCACGAUGAAGCACACACAGACGGGGGCGAGGGUCGUUGCCUGGGCUCUGCUCCUCUCCAUGGGCACACAGGUCUGGAGCCAGCAGUGUGGGGGGUCGUGCCAGUGCCCGUCGGUGGUGCCCAGCUGCCCCGCGGGGGUGCCCCUGAUCUUGGACGGCUGCCAAUGCUGCCAGGUGUGUGCCCGUCAACCUGGCGAGGCCUGCAGCGACGCCAACCCCUGCGACAUCAAGAAGAGACUGGCAUGCGACUACAGUGCCAGCUUCCCUGGUGACCCGGGGGAGUGUGUGAGUGAGGACGAGCUGGGCUGUGAGUUGAACGGUGUGCAGUACCAGGAGGGCCAGGUGUUCCAGCCGUCGUGUGCCAUGCGGUGCCGCUGUGCGGGCGGAGGGGUGAGCUGCGUGUCGCUGUGCCCGGAGGACGUGCGCGUGCCCACCGCCGACUGCCCGCACCCCCAGCGCAGGCUGCUGCCCGGGGCCUGCUGCCAGCAGUGGGUGUGUGACACCAUGGACAACAGCAUCCCACAGGAUGGACAUGCAGCAUCAGGCAUGGCAUGGGGCGUUCUCCCCGGGCCCCCGCUCAACCCGUCCGCUGGCUGCAUGGACCACAGCACCGAGUGGAGCGCCUGCUCGCGCACCUGUGGACCCGGCGUCUCCACCCGCCUGACCAAUCAGAACGCAGCGUGCCGCCUGGAGAGACAGACGCGUCUCUGCACCGUCCGGCCUUGCAGCCUCCGCCCCUCACGAGGCCCAGCGUGGCGGCGAGGGUGCCAGUCGAGCGUGCGCGCCCCGGUCCCGGUGCGUCUGCGGCACCGGCGCUGCGUCAGCACGCGCGUCUUCCAGCCGCUCUACUGCGGCCUGUGCUCGGACGCCCGCUGCUGCACGCCGCACCGCACCGCCACCGUGCCCGCAACCUUCCGCUGCCCGCGCGGCCCGCCGCUACGCCUCAGCGUCAUGACCAUCAAGUCCUGCGCCUGCCACCGCAACUGCCCGGCGCCCGCGCCCGUGCCCGCCCGCAGGCAAACGCAACGGAGGAGUCCUGCCCCCUACUGGGCGUAGAGCGUCACUGCCCCUAACUCUGCCACGCGGUUGGGAGAGCGAGACGUGACUUGACUUGACUGUGAGGACAGGACAGGGUGUAUUUUUGAAUGUAAAAAAUCCCAGGUGAUCAUCAGGGAACAUUAGCAUCAUCCGCUGACAAUGGCACUCGCGAGGUCAACCACCAUCACUCGACUGGACUGAAUCACAUCUGUUGUGUGCGGGGAGACGAGCGGCUGUGUGUGUGUCCUGGCACUAUUUACCUGAUGCUUAGCAGCUGCAGAGGGGAGGGGGGGGAGGAGGGGGCAGAGCCCCCCCAAAAGCAGCCUCUCAGAGAGAGAGAGAGAGAGAGAGAGAGAGAGAGAGACUGGACCAAGCUCUGCCUCUGGACCUCCUCCUCAUCAGGCCAGAUCAACAGACAUCCAUCCAGGCCUAUAAAAAACGAUCUCUGAUCCGUGAAACUACGCAGUGGGGCCAGACCUGACCGUUUGCUUUAUUAAAGUUGUUUUCAAGACGGCAUUUCUGUAGUAUAAUCUGGACACAUCAUAAGACGGCUAUGAAAGGUUUUCAGCGAGAGCCUGCUAAAUACACUAUAACCUAUGAUGUGCCUUGCACUAAUUUGCAUUCACAGGUUUGUGUCUGCAAUGAACUUAUAUGAAUAUAGCAUAUUGAAAUGAUUUCAAAGUUAUAUUUUGUUCUUUACUUUUGAUAAUGAAUCAUACUUUACUGUUGAUAAGAAUCAUAUUUACUGUAUUAAGGCCUUGAGAUCACUUUGUCUAGGAAUAAGUUGCUGAUUUUCGUUUCCUAGGAGGUCUUUGGUCUUCCUCAAAUGUAAUGUAAACAUCCCUCUGAGGAUCAUGCCACCGUUGCCACGACGGUGUGUUCCAAAGCUGAGGAACACUUCACACACUUUAGGGAUGACCUUGGCAUCAGUUGGGGUUCUGCUUAGGGUGUUCUUUUUUAUGUAAGCCAUAGAGAACUGGAAGUUAGGAGCUGUAGCACAGUCAAUGUGACAUGUAUAUUUGUAAAUUACUGUAUGUAAUGCCAUAAAAUGCACUGUAAAUGAAGUAUGACAGUGUAAUAUUGUUUACACAGAGUGUAUGAAUGUUUUGCUUUUAUGUUAGUGCCAUGUAAUAUCUUUUAUAUCUGUAAAUAGUGUGUGUGCACAUCAUUAAUAAAACACAGUCUUUCUGUUUCA